CGAAGCUUAGUUGGCGGAGGUCCUGACUGCUUCAAAGGCAGCAGGUACAGCAGACAGGUGUAAGAACGACCGGUCUGUCUUCUUUAGCGACCUCGACAAGCUCGCCGCCAUGAGUCAGUACAGUUCCCAGAACGUACUGAACAUGAGUUUGAGCCGCAGAGGAGACCCGACCACCGGGGGGUCCUUUCGCUACACCCGUAGCGAAUUCGUGCAAGGAGGUGGCAACGGAUACGACCAUUACAUGGACGGAUACAAUACUUUGCCCAAGUCUUCUGUAGGAGGAAUGGCGGUAGACACUAUCGGAAGAAUGUCAUCUACAACUGGAGGUGGAAUUAGUGGCCUCAAUGACAUCCAUCAGAGAGCCAUGUCACUCCAAGCGCAGUGCCAAGAGGACCUGAGGAGAGCUGAAUUUGCUCUACAGUCGGGAGGUAACAUGGCUGAUGCUGAGCAGUAUCUGUUAAGGGCAAAAGACACUAUUGAUCAACUGAAGACCUAUGCAAUGGACCUGAAGCAGAUGGGACAGCCGAGUGACAACGUUUUCAGAACUUGGGAGAUUUGUAACGAUCAGCUGAAGGGGUUCCACUUGGCUAUGACUGGCUCUUUGCAGAGGAGAAAGAGUGCUAGAGGAAGCACGAGCUCUUGGGAAGAGCAGGGGAGGAGCUUCCACGAUGCUGUGGCCUGGAUUGCACAGCAAAAGCGUCUGAUUGAAACGACAUUUUGGGGUGAAGAUCCUGCUAGCAUAGAAAAGAAUCUUAUUAGCCAUCAGAGGUUUCACAACUCUAUUCAGAACAGUGCAGAAGUGGACCGAGCCAGGAGUGAACUGGUGAAGAAAGGAGACAAAGGAAAUCUUCAUGCUUUGGAUCAGGAGUGGGACAGUCUACAGCAAAUGUCGUUUGCUCGGACACAGCAGCUGGAAGACUUGCAGCAGAUCAUUCAAGAACUGUCCAAAGAGAUCAUGUGGGUCAAUGACAAGGAAGAAGAGGAAUUAAUCUUUGAUUGGGGUGAUAAGAACCUUGACCAGUACAUACCCCGGAAGCAAGAAAGCUAUUCAAAACUAAUGAGUGCCCUUGAGGAGAAAGAAAAGCAACUGAAUAAACUAAAGGUCCGAGUGGACAGCCUGUUGAAGAACAAUCACCCAGCUUCAGACAAGAUCGAGGCAUACAGGGACACACUACAGACUCAGUGGAGUUGGCUCCUUCAAAUUACCAAAUGCAUUGAUGUGCAUCUCAAGGAGAAUGCCGCAUACAACCAGUUCUUUAAGGAGGCUCAUGAGACCUGCAGAUCCCUACAGGGGCAACAAGAAGCCAUCCUUCAAAGGUUUUCCUGCGACAAGAACACCUCACUGGAAAACCUGCUGGAGCUGCUCAAGGGAUUGGAGAGGGAGAGAGAGACUAUAAAUGAUCACAAGAGGCAAGUACAGCAUCUUGUAAACAAGUCCAAAAGCAUCGUCAGACUGAAAGCCAGAAACCCAGAAGAGAGGAGCAGCCGACCUGUUAUUGUAAAAGCCCUGUGUGACUUCAAACGUGACCAGAGGGUGAUCUGUAAGGGUGAUGAGGCGAUCUUGAAAGACAACAGUCAGCGUAGCAAGUGGGAGGUUACAGGGCCAGGUGGACUAGAUAUGGUGGUACCAUCAGUGUGCUUGAUCCUCCCUCCUCCCAAUCCACUCAGCAUCAAUCUGGCUACCAAAAAUGAGCAAUACUAUGAGUCUAUUUUGUCUAUCUGGAAUCAGCUGUACAUCAAUGUUAAGAGUCUCAUUGCCUGGCAGUACUGCCUUAUUGAUAUUCAACACAUCAACUCCCUCACCAUCUCCAUGCUGGCUCAGAUGAGUCCCGAGGAGUACUCCCAGCUUAUCAAGCGCCUUGAGACACAUUACGAAGAGUUCAAACUGAGUUGCCAAGGCUCACAGAUGUUUGUUGAAAAUGAUAAGAGGAGCAUUGAGAACCUGUUCAACGGGGCUCAGGCCCACUAUGGAACUCUGGUGGUGCAGUUACCUGCUUACCAAGCCCAGCAAGCACAGCAACAGCUAAUUAUAAUGACUACAGCUGCCAAUGAUGAUGCCAGAAAGCUAGAGGAAGAAAAUCAGAGAACGGAAUUGAAAAAAGUGAAAAAAGAAGUGGUGAAAGUAAUAAGGACGGAGCCGACAAAGAAGAAGGUCACCCCAUCUUCUCAUAGCUUAACAGAGCUGCAUGCACUCAGAUUGAAGCUUGAGGCAGUUGAGGGCUUACUGAAUCAGCAUGUUCAUUUCUGCUUGGGAGAUGAUGGGACAAAAGACUGUGGCCUGAAAAUCACACAGUUAGAGGGUGUGCAGCUUGAGGUCAACACGAUAAAAGAAGAGUACGUAAUACUGAGGGAGAAUAUUAUGAAGGAGCUGGAGAGGAUGAAGGAUUCGGACAAAGCUCAGUUCCUACGCAAUGAGCUUGGAGUCAUCAAUGAACGUUUCAACAGUCUAGAGAGUAACUCAUCAACGAAUCUCCAUCGGCUCCAGGCUCUAAAGGACUUGAUGGAAAGUAUGGCACGUGCUGAAGACAUCAUUAAAGUUCAUGAGGCGAGAUUGACAGAGAAGGAGACCACUUCUCUGUUGCCAGGAGAUGUAAAUGACUACUUGACGGCUCUUAAGAAUAUUCAGGAUGAGUUGGAUCAGAAAAACGAUGUUCUGGCCUCCCUGGAGGCUGAACUUGCCAAGGCAAACCAUUGGAAUGGCGAGGUGGGUGGGCCCUUCCACAGGUGUGACAUGAUACUUUCAAAAUACAGUGAGCAAGUGGGUCUACUGUUGGACCGCUGGAGACGAAUAAAGGCACAGAUCAACUGCAGACUUCAGGAUUUGCAGCGGUAUCUGCCUCAGCUGGAACAGUACAAGCAGUCCAGCUCAUCUUUCACUGACUGGAUGGAUGACACAAGGAAAAAGCAAGACUACCUGCAGGCCACUAAUAUACAAACUGUUCAAUCUCUGACGGACCAAAUUAACAAUCAGAAGGCUAUAAAUGCGGAAAUCAAAGCAAAAAGGGAAACAUUAGAAAGUGUCCUGAAAGACAAUGAGGCCUGUGUGUCCUCCAUCAAGGAUUUUGAAUCGGACCUAGCCUGUUACACCUCUGGUUUAGAGACUUUGCUCAACAUCCCUAUCAAGAGAACAAUGUUAAGAUCGCCAUCUGUGGAUCUCAUUCAGGAGGCUACCCAAUUGCAGACCCGAUACAUGGAGUUGCUUACUUGGUCUGAUGACCAUUUAAAAUUCCUAGGAGAACUUCUGAAAAACAUGGAGGAUCUUAAGAUUCGUAGCACUCGGAUUGACCUGCUAGAAGAAGAACUUCGCUUGUUGAGGGAGACUAUCGAAGACCGCAAUAGCAAGAAUAAAUCUCUCGAAGAAGCUAUUCUCCGCUAUCAACUCGAGCUGUCCCAGUCACAGGAAAAGCUGCUGUCAAUGGAGGAGAUUAAACAGACCACUGACCUGCAGUGCAAUGCUGCAAAAGACAGCCUAGACAGCACUCACAACCAACUGGCGGACCUAACUGAUCAGGUGACACAUCUCAACUACUUGCUGGAGGAAGAAAAGAGGAAGAGGAAACUGGCAGAAGAGCGCUUCACCCAACAGCAAGAGGAGUAUCAGUCUGUCCUUAAGAAAAGGCAUACAGAGCUAGAAAGUGUCAGCCGGUCCAAAGUGGAAGUGGAAAAGACUAUGGCAAAUCAAGAACAUGGGAUUAAACAGCUACAGCGGAAGCUAGAAGAGGAAACCUCAAAGGUGACAGAACUUCGCAAUGAGAUUUCAAAGGUAAGAAACCAAUUCAAUGCAAAGAUCACUAGCAUAAAGCUCAACUAUGAAUCCCAGAUCCAUGUCAGUCAGACUACAAUUCAACGGCUUACAGCUGAAAGGGAGAAUGAUACAUCUGAACUUCAAUUGCAAUAUACCAGGAUGCAAGCAGAUGGGAGGGUUAUGGAGGAAGAAAUCAGGAGGCUUAAGAUGUCUAUCAAACAGAUGGAAGAACUAAAAAAGAGGGCAGAGGAUGAAGCUCAUCGUCAACUCUUAUUAAACUCAGAAGAAGGGCACAAGAAAAGUGAAUUGAAAAAUGAAAUUGAGGUUUUGAUCAAACAAAGAGAAGAAGAAAACAACAAGUACACUGAGGAAAUGGCUGAAGUUAAACAGGAGCUACAGAUGAAGACUGAGCAAUUGGCCUAUGUCACCCACAGUCUGGAGGAAGCAGUCCGAAGGAGGAAAACUACUGAAGAGGGAAAAGGUGUGCUUGAAAAGACCUUGACCGAACUUCAAACAAAAUUAAACACUUCGGCAAUGGCUGUGAUCCAAUUAACAGAGUGUGAGGCAGAGCUUCAGAAGCUGCGUUUGGAGCUGGAGAGGGAGAAUAGGGAUCGCAGUAGAGUAGAAGAAAACCUGAAUCGGUUACAGGGCCGGAUAAAGGACAUUCAGUUUGUUAGAGAUGGCCUGGAGAUCCAGUUGGCUAACCUAAGAGAAGCUAACCAAGAAGAAGUAUCAAAAAGAAGGCAGAUGGAGAUAGAGUUAGAAAAGACUACUAUGGCUAUGAGAGAAUACUACUGCACCAUUACCACUUUACGUCAGAACCAAGAGAAAGCCAACGAAUCAGAAAUAAUAUGUGAAAAACAGUGUUUUGUGCUGCAAGAACAACUGGAAAGAAGUUUGAAGCAAAACAAAACGUUUGAGGAACACUUAGCACAACUGACCACAGAGCUAAAGGCAAUGCACCUUCAAGUGUUACAAGAACAAGCAAAUGUUAUAGAGGUGACACAAAAAAAUGAGGGACUGUAUAAAACUAUAAAGGAGAAGAGUCAAACUCUAAAUGAAAACUAUGCUGAGCUUCAAACUCUAAAAGAGAAGACUGAAACCUUAAUGACAGAAAAAAUGAGGCUGGAGCAGGAGCUUAGGGCAACACAGUGUGACAAAGCAAAACUUUUGAGAUCCAAACAAGAACAUGAUGAUGAGCUCUCCUGCCAAAUAACUGCCCUGGAGCUGCAGCUGCAGGCCAGUGAGCGCAGCAAUCUUGACUACCGCAACCUUGUCCCAGAGAUCUCCUUGGAGAGGGACAACCUUAAACUGGAGACCGAAAAAAUCCAAAUUCAGGCUGCUGAGACAUCAACCACAAUUCUAUCACUUCAAUCGCAGUACAGUGACAUUGUAAAAGAGAGAGAUGCUCUUCAGCUGAAACUCCAGUUGUCUGGGAACGACAAGGAUCAUCUUGAAAGACUAGAAGAGGAACUCAGACGCAUCAAACUGUCUCUUGAGUCAGAACUACAAAAUAGGCAACGUGUACAGGAGGAGAAUGAGCGGGUGAAAAGAGAUUUAAGUUACUGGAAGGAACAAUAUGAAAGUAAACAGGAACUUGUUAACAAAUAUGAUGCCAACAAGGAGCAUCUGGAAAGUGAAAAUACGAGUUUGAAAAGUGAGAUAGAGAGACUUCUAAGGAAAUUAAGUGAUCUUGAGAGUACAUAUCAGGGAAAGCUUUCAGGUCUUCAGAAAGAACUCACAGAAUUGAUCAUUGUGAAACAAACUAUGCAGGAUGAGUUAAAGAAAACUAGAGAACCCUCAACCUUGAAUGCAUCCACCAUAAUUUUUGAUGGGGUCCGCAAAACGGUCACAGCAGCCCAAUUGUUAGACUGUGGUAUUUUGGAUGAACCAACUUACAACCAGCUCAUCAAAGGUCAAAAGACUGUUCCUGAUGUUUCUAACAAUAUUAAAGUUAGUCUUAAAGGAACAGGUCCAAUAGCAGGGGUGAUAGUUGAGAAACUACAAGACGACAGAUUUAUUUCAGGAAUUCCUUGUAAAAUAAGCCUUACUGAAGCAAAGAAAGAGUGCCUUCUACCACCAGAAGUUGUUGACCUGCUACUUGAUGCUCAAGCAGCCACAGGUCACAUCAUUGAUCCCAGAACUAAUCAAAACUUAACGGUUGAGGAGGCAGUUGCUGAUGGAGUGGUAGACUCAAGAGAUCAAGACAGACUUUUAGCAGCACAAGCUGCUGCUGUGGGCUACAAGCAUCCCAGUAAAGCCACACCCCUCUCAGUGUGUGAGGCUUUGAAAAAUGGGAUGAUUGACAUGAAAACUGGACUACGCUUGCUGCAGGCCCAGGAGUGUGUUGGAGGCAUAUUGGAUCCAAAUCUCAGUGUCUUCCUUCCCAAAGUCAUGGCUAUUAAUCGUAAUAUUUUGGAUGAAAAUCUCUUUCAUUCUUUGACCCUGAAUCCAAAGUGUUAUAUAGACCCUGAAACUGACCAGGAUGUCAGUUAUGGACUGUUGAAACAAAGAUGUAAGACCGAGGCUCACACCGGUCUACUUCUGUUGCCAGUCACUGAGCGGAAAGACGCAUCCAAACUAAUUUUUGAUGGUGUCCGUAAGCCAGUCACAGCACAACAGUUGCAUGACUGUGGGGUCUUGGACAAAUUUUCAUUAAACCAACUAACAAAGGGACAAAAAACUGUCCCGCAACUGUCAGAUGACUUGAAAGUAUUUUUAAAGGGGAUAGGACCAAUUGCUGGCGUCACAGUUGGAUCUUUAGGGACUAUAUCUAUAUCAGAAGCCAAAAGGCAGUUGCUGAUGAGUCCACUUAGUGCAGAUUUACUACUUGAUGCCCAGGCAGCAACUGGUCACAUUAUUGACCCCAGUACGAAUCAGAGGUUCACAGUAGAGGAGGCAUGUGCCAGAGGAUUGGUGGACACAAAAGAUAGAGAUCGGCUCAUAGUAGCAGAAUCUGCUGCUGUUGGUUAUCGGGAUCCUAACUCUGCGAUACCUCUUUCAAUCUUUGAAGCCAUGAAUAAAGGCUUAGUUGACAGGAAAACUGGGCUGCGUCUGUUGCAGGCUCAGGCUUCUGCUGGGGGUAUUUUAGAUCCAAUUCAGAGUGUGUUCUUGCCCACAGACACAGCAAUGAAUCGCAACCUUUUGGAUGAAGAUCUCUGUAAUGUGUUAAAUCGAAAUACAGAGUGUUACCUUGAUCCUGAUACCGAAUGGGAUGUCAGCUAUGAGGCUUUAAAGAAAAAGUGCAAAACAGAUUUUAAAACUGGGCUGUUAAUUCUUCCAAUAAAUGAGAGAAAAGAUCCUUCUAAACUGAUGUUUGAGGGUGUCCGCAAGUCAGUUUCAGCAAAACAUUUGUUUGAGUGUGGGGUGCUGGAUAAGCGUACAUUUGACCAGUUAGUGAAAGGAGAGAAGACGGUCUCUGAAGUGUCUGCUGAAAAGGUUGUCAAUCUGAAAGGAACUGGGCCAAUUGCUGGGGUUCAAGCUGGCCAUCAGGGAAAUAUUUCUUUGUCAGAAGCCAAAAAACAACGGCUGUUGACCCCAGUGACUGCAGAUUUGCUACUUGAAGCCCAGGCUGCCACUGGAUAUAUAAUCGACCCUAUUACCCAUCAGAAGCUGACAGUAAAUGAGGCCUGCGCUAAAGGAGUAGUUGAUAUAAAGGACAGAGAUAACUUAUUGGCUGCAGAGGCUGCUGCUAUCGGGUACAAAGAUCCAAGUACGGACAAGCUUUUGUCUGUUUAUGAGGCAAUGAAAAGGGGACUUGUAGAUUGGAAAACUUGUUUACGUUUUCUACAGGCCCAAGACUGUGUUGGAGGUAUAAUUGACCCAAAUUUCGGUGUAUUCCUCCCAAAAGACAUAGCAAUCAAGCGCAAUUUAUUAGAUGAAGACCUUCACAAUUCUCUAAGUCUGAAUCCUACAUACUAUCUUAAUCCAGAACCUGAGCUUGAUAUAAGUUAUGGGGCUUUAAAGCAAAAAUGCAAGACAGAGUUCCACACUGGUCUGCAAAUUUUGCCGAUUUCUGAAAAAAUGGAUCCCUCAAAUGUGAUUUUUGAAGGUGUCCGCAGGAGCGUAACCGCGCAACAGUUAUUUGAUAGUGGCAUCUUGGAUGAACCAACAUUAAAUCAGCUACUCAAGGGUGAGAAAACUGUGGGAGAGCUGUCUGUCGAAAAGCAGGUUUACCUCAAAGGGACCGGUGUAAUCGCUGGGGUUGCAGCCGGCUCAUUGAAAAAAAUGUCCUUUACUGAGGCUAAGAAACAAAGUAUUAUGUCCCCUGAAAGUGCUGACUUGCUACUUGAAGCUCAGGCAGCCACAGGGCACAUCAUUGACCCGCUGACAAAUCAGAAAUUGACCGUUAAGGAAGCAUGUGCUAGAGGAGUAGUCAGUAGGGAAGAUGAAUCAAAGCUGUUUGCAGCUGAAGCUGCUGCCAUUGGGUACAGAGACCUGGAUACCUCGAUGAUCUUGUCUGUUGGCCAGGCCAUGAAAAGGGGACUGAUUGACAAGGAAACAGCUCUUCGCUUACUUCAGGCUCAAGAAUCCGCUGGAGGUAUUUUGCACCCCGUCCUUAGUGUAUACCUACCUAGAGAUGUCGCUAUUGAUCGGAAUCUGAUUGAUAAAGAACUAUAUGAGGCCCUAAGUCAGUAUCCUCAAUGCUAUCUGGAUCCAGACACCCAACUGCCAGUUAGCUAUCUGUCACUGAAGCAAAGAUGCAGAGAAGACAUAAGUACAGGUCUUUUACUUCUCCCAGAACCUAAAAAACCAACAACUGUCCAAGGACUCAGGAGUCAGGUGUCUGUCACAGAUCUCUUAAAUGCAAAAUUACUUGAGCCAUCUGACAUUGAUCAGUUGAAAGAAGGUAGAUUGACAAGUCAGGACAUUGAGCACCGCCUGCGCUCCUAUUUGGGUAGGUCCACGUGUAUAGCGGGACUUUUUGAUGAAACAAGUGAUAAGGUGAUGACAUUUUAUGAAGCAAUGAAAAAUGGACUUUUGCGACCUGAGACCGCUCUGGAACUUCUUGAAGCACAGGCUGCUUCAGGUUUUAUAGUUGACCCUGUGAAAAAUGUUCACCUCACUGUGAGUGAUGCUUACAACAAAGGACUAUUUGGAUCAGAGUAUCUGGAUACCCUGCUAUCAGCAGAAAGAGCUGUGACAGGUUAUAAACUGCCAGGCACAGGAAAGGUUAUUUCUCUUUUCCAGGCAAUAAAGAGGGGUCUAGUUGCGAAAGAACAGGGCAUCCGUCUGCUUCAGGCUCAGAUUGCCAGCGGCGGUAUUAUUGAUCCUGAACACAGCCAUCGGAUUGAUGUAAAUGUGGCCUAUAGCAAAGGACACUUAGAUGAGGAAAUGAAUAAGAUUGUGAUGGAUCAAGAUGUUGCUAGUAAAGUUUUCUCUGACCCUAAAACAGAGGAAAAGUUAAACUAUUCAGAUCUUAAAAAACGUUGCAUUACUAAUGGCAAGACUGGCCUACUCCUUUUGCCGAUUGUGGACAAAGAAAAGCAAGAAGCAACGAUGAAAAACACUCUGAGGAAGAGGAGAGUAAUUAUUGUGGACCCGCAGACUAAUAAAGAGAUGACUAUACGUGAAGCAUAUGAUAAAGGAUACAUUGACCAUACCACCUACCUGGAACUGGCCGAGCAGGAGUGUGAGUGGGAAGAGAUCACAACCACGGCUCCAGACGGUUCCAAACGAUUUGUUAUCAUUGACAAGAAGACGGGUAGAGAGUAUGACAUCAGUGAACUACUUGAAAAAAGAGUCAUUGAUCAAUCACUUCUUGAUCAAUAUCGCGCACGCAAGAUCACCUUAACACAGUUCGCAGAUGUCAUCACUGAAAAGACUGAGCAUCGAUGGCCAACAUCAACUUCCACAUCACAUGCUUCACUUACAGCUUCAACGUCAUCAUCAUCAACAGUUAUAUCAAGAUCUACUUCUCUUACUAAGGUGUCUACAACAAUGCCUCCCACCAUUAAAGAGCAGAGCUUUACAAGCAGCACUGGUUCUCAAGACUCAUCUGAGACCUUCAAUAAAACAUCUAGUGUUUCGAUCACCCUGACCCCUGUUGAAAGUGUUAGUGAAAAGUAUCCUGUGGGUGCCAUAUUUGAUACAGAGACUUUAGAAAAAAUAUCAGUUAUGGCAGCUCUAAAUUGUGGUCUUCUUGAUGCCAUUACUGCUCAGAGGCUACUGGAGGCCCAGGCUUGCACUGGAGGAAUCAUAAAUCCAGAAAAUGGACGCCGGCUAAGCAUUCAGGAGGCUUCCCGCAAAGGUAUCAUUAAUGACGAUAUGGCUGCCAAACUAAAGCCUGCCCAGAAAGCAUUUAUUGGCUAUGAAGAUUUAAAAAUGGGCAAGAAAAUGUCUGCUGCUGAAGCUGUCAAGGAGAUGUGGCUUCCUUAUGAGGCAGGCCAGCGGUUUAUGGAGUUUCAGUUUGUAACGGGAGGACUGUAUGACCCAGAGCUGGGCUGUAGACGAACUACAGCUGAUGCUUUGAAAAUGGGUUGGAUUGAUAAUAGCACUGCUAUGAAACUCCAAGACUUCAGACAGCACCCAAGGAUUUUAACAUGCCCCAAGAGUAAAUUGAAGAUCUCUUAUAAGGAGGCUCUUGACAAUUGUAUGGUGGAGGAGAGCACUGGGCUGAGAAUGUUACCGGCAUCAUCCGUGUCCUCCAGAGGAAUAAGCAGUCCUUACAAUUUUGGGUCAGCCCCAGGAUCCAUCACGGGCUCUAGAAGUGGCUCUCGACGAAGUUCCCGAAGGAGUAGUUUGGAUUUGGGCUCCGCAUCCUCCUUGUCCACCAGUCAUCACAGUCAUUCAAGCCUUGCCAGCUUCUCCACCAGAUCCGAAACCAACCAAAAAUAGAAUCCAUACAAAUUAACCUUUAUCAUUAACAAAUCUGAAGGGAUUGUUAUUUUGAAAACACGAGGGAAUAGAUGUGUAUGAGGACGUAACGGCAUGUAUGUCUUGAAACAGGUUGUCACUGUCCUCUGACUAAGGUUUUGAUAUAUGAUUUAAUGAGAUUUGUAAAUACAGUCUAACUAUCACUAGUGGGAUAAGAGGAAAUGUUGGGAUUUGGUAGCCGCAAGCAGCAUAUAAAGUUUAAACCCCAUUGUUGCCAUACGACUCUGGCACUCAUGCUGGCACACAUCUAAUAGUCUUAAUGUGCCAAGACACAUCCACUUUAUGAAAAGCCGCUAAGCCUUUGCUGUGAAUACAGUGUGAAUGAGGCUUCUUUGCACUGGGAGCAUAACAAUUCUGUAUUCGCAUUUUUUUUUGCAUUUAUUAGGCAACCCUGUUUUUUUUGUUUUGUUUUGUUUUUAUGGGGAGGCAUGUAACAUGGUACUUUGAAGUUUAUUUGGUUGAACUGCUCAACAUUUUGAAUAAUAAAACAUCACACAGUCACAAUGUCUUACAAGUCUGAGGCAUGAACUCACCACUGUUCAUUAAUGAAAAACAGUAAAAACAAUGCUUAAACACUCAGUUACUUUUCACAUGGAAUGAAUAAUGGUCAUGAAUGCUCCUCAUACAUCUUAUUUUUUUAAUACCAUCACAUAAAUAUAAAAUGAAAUUAACUGCGAAUGGAACCCAAAACUGCCAUGCAUUUUAUCUACUGUGCGUUGUGAUUAUAUGUAAAAUGUACAAAGCUGGUGAUGACUUGUAGGCUGGCUAACUAUCGUAAGAUGCCAACUUAUCACUGAACAUAUUUGAAUCACUGCUUCAUCUCAAACUGCACAAACAAGCAGCACUUAAACUCAGUCAUCAAAAUGACAGAUUUUUUCCCCCAGACAUCGUGAAAUUGAAACACACAAAAGAACUUACCCACAAUCAGUGUCCUUUCUGGGUACAAUGUGAUUCUCCUUUAAUCAAUUACACUGUACACUGGUAAUCUUCUAUUUUCCACUUGUCCAUGAAAAUUGCUGCAAAAGGCCAGAGGAAAAGCAAAAUACUUUCAGAGGUAAUUCUUCCAUGAUGGCUAAAAUGUUUUUGGAUGAUGUGCGGUUUGUCUUCUACAUUGGAGAUAACUAAAUGCAGAUAGCAACAACUUAAAACUGGACAAUACACAGAGCAGGCAUGCUCACAGUACCUUUGAGAUGUAUUUUCACUCACAUUUUGCAUUUAUCUUGUUAAACUUUGUGGGAUUUGGGAUUUCAAGGAGUCACUGUUUAGUACAAUUACCAAUUUGUACUGGAUAUGUAUGUACUUUAUUUUUAACAGUUUACAAUUUUUAAGUCUGUAAUAGUUAAUAAUAAAAAUAUUAACUUUUCA